AUGUCAUGCCAAGGCUGCGUUGGAGCCGUUAAUAGAGUUUUGGGAAAAAUGGAAGGGGUUGAGUCAUUUGACAUUGAUAUAAAGGAGCAAAAGGUGACAGUGAAAGGUAAUGUUGAACCUGAAGCAGUUUUUCAAACAGUUUCAAAGACUGGAAAGAAGACUUCAUACUGGCCCGUGGAAGCUGAGGCUAAGGCCGAGACAGUGACUGAGACUAAGACUGAGGAUAAGGUUGAUGCAAAGGCUGAUGUUGAACCAAAACUCGCUGAAGCUGAGACUAAGCCAUCAAAAGUUUAA